UUGAGAUCAAGAGUGAGGCAGCUAGAAUCAUCAAUGAGCAUUAAACAAGAGCAAGUUUACAUGGAAAAGGCUUUGCAGGUGCCUCCUGACAAAGUUCGCCAAAAGCUCCUGCAGGCCACACAAGUUAUCAUACAGUUAGUGAAAGAAAGAGAGGAAUGGAAGAUCAAAGAAGAAGAACUGACUACAUUAGUAAAUCAACUGCAGCAAAGCAUUAGGCAGAAUGAAGAGGAAUCGUUAGUAGUUAGCCACACAGAGCAGGAGAAUGUACCGCCAUCCCAUGAGAUAAAGGCAGAGUCGUUUGGUAGUUCUGUUCCUGGAAAUGUCUCAUCACUUCAGUCUAAAACUCAUCAAAAAAGCAUUCCUAUUCCUUCUGGUCACAUGUCUUCUUAUGAGGGACUUUCAAAACUACUAAAGUCCAGGCCACUCUCUUGUAGACUCGAUAUACCUGAAAUACUCACUCCUCAAAAACCUGUUCAGGACCCACUGUCACCAAAAAGAAAACCUUCACCGGACCCAGUGCCAGCAACUGCUCAUGAUAGUGUCUCACUGUCUCCAUUGAGAUUCUCAGACUCCUCUUAUUCCAGUGGUAUGCAGGGACUUCAAAAAGCACUUCAACUAAUAGAUGGAGCUACAGUUAGUCCAACUCUUCCUUCAUUCUCUCAUAGCUGCAAGUCAUCAACUCCUCUGAAGGAUAGAGUUGAUGAUGACGAGAUUAAAGAGGACACUGGCACUGCUUUCAUGAUGGUUGAGGGUAGGAAAGUUCCUCACGGUAUUACGAGAAAGAGCAAAGUCACUUACGCUGCUCCUCGACUUAAAAAAUCAUCAAAACCAAAAAUUAGAAAUUAUAAUAAUAAGGAUGAUUUAUAGUGAACUAUAUAA